CGCCUGCGCAGUAACGGCGGAGCGGUUGCUCGGAUCAGGGCGGCGGAGGAGAAAGACAAACGCAACGAACAAAAACACACACAAUGGCGACGGCGGCGACCACGGCUAGCGGGCCGACCACCGGCCCCGUCGGCGGCGGCGGAACCGCGGUGGGGCGCAAGAAAGACGGCGGCCCGUCCGCCAAAUUCUGGGAGUGUUCCGAGACCAUAUCCCAACUGGAGACGGUUCGUCUCUGGAUCGGCAAGCACUACAAGAAGUACGUCCAGAAUGACUCGCCCUCCAGCAAGUCUCUGUCUGGCCUGGUGGUGCAGCUGCUUCAAUUUCAGGAGGAUUCGUUUGGACGCAAAGUCAACAAUCCUGCUCUCACCAAGCUGCCGGCCAAGUGCUUCCUGGACAUGAAAGCGGGAGGUGCUCUCUGCCACAUCCUGGGCUCCGUCUACAAGUUCAAGAGCGAGCAGGGAUGGCGACGCUUUGACCUUCAAAACCCUUCCCGUAUGGACAGGAAUGUGGAGAUGUUCUUGAAUGUAGAGAAAAACUUGGUUCAGAACAACUGCCUGACCCGACCCACCGUGUACUUAUCUCCUGAUAUGGAAGCCAAGCAAGCCAGUAAGCUCAAAGAUGCCAUUAAGAGGCACCAGGGUUCCAUAACUGAGGACAAGUCUAAGGCUACACACCUAAUUUUCCCGUCUCCGUCGCAGCAAGAUGAAGAGGAAUGGCUGCGUCCCGUCAUGAGGAAAGAUAAGCAGGUUCUGGUCCACUGGGGACUCUAUCCAGACAGCUACGACACCUGGAUGGCAGCCGGCGAAGUGGACGGCGACGUGGAGGAGCCACCAAGUGCCGACCGACCGUGGAAGGUACAUGCCAGGUGGGUCCUGGACAUGGACGCAUUCAACGAGUGGAUGAAUGAGGAAGACUAUGAGGUGGACGACAACAAGAAGCCCGUCACCUUCCGCCAGAAGAUCUUCCUGAAGGAGGAAGAGUCGUCUUCCCGUACGCCCGAUCGCAAGGAGCGCAAGGCCAAUUCGGCCAGCAAGAAGAGGAGGCGGUCGCCCUCGCCGCCCAGCACCCCCGCCGAGUCCCGGAAGAAAGGUGGAAAGAAGAGCCAGGGACAUUACUGGAAGCGUCGAGGACACCGCGGCGAAGAGGAUGACACGGAGGAUGACGUCACCAAGGACCUGGACGACUCGUCUACUGGUGCGAGCAUCGAGGAGGGAAGCAUUUCUAAGAAUGCCCAUUCAAAGAAAGAUGCAGAGAGCACGCCUCUUAAAGGGGAUAAUGGUGCAGACAUUGAUGACAUGGAGGAUGACUCUGUGCUGUCCGGCGGGAAGGACGACGAGGACCAGAAUAAAGCAGAUAUGAGCCGCCUUAUGGACGCCGGUGAGGACAAUGUGACGGAACAGACCCACCACAUCAUCAUCCCCAGCUACAGCGCCUGGUUCGACUACAACUGCAUCCACGAGAUCGAGAGGAGAGCCCUGCCGGAAUUCUUCAAUGGGAAGAACAAGUCCAAAACUCCAGAAAUAUACCUGGCUUACCGCAACUUCAUGAUCGACACUUACCGCCUCAACCCCCAAGAGUACCUCACCUCCACCUCUUGUCGCAGGAACCUGACGGGUGACGUGUGUGCCAUUAUGAGGGCUCAUGCUUUCUUGGAGCAGUGGGGCUUGGUGAACUACCAGGUGGACUCAGACAGUAGACCUUUGCCCAUGGGACCCCCACCAACCCCCCACUUCACCGUCCUGGCCGACACACCCUCUGGCCUCAUGCCCCUGAACCACAGACCUCCGCUGAUUCCACCGCCGCAGCAGAUGGCCAACUUCGCUGACAAGAUGAAAGAUAAAGCCAUUGACCUCCAGAACUUUGGCCUCCGCACCGACCAGUACAAGAGGAACUCAAAGGGUAAAUCAGUGGUGUCCUCUCGGGAGUGGACCGAGCAGGAAACUUUGCUCCUGCUCGAGGCUCUGGAGAUGUACAAAGAUGACUGGAAUAAAGUGUCGGAGCACGUGGGUUCACGUACACAAGAUGAGUGCAUCUUGCACUUCCUGCGUCUACCCAUCGAGGACCCCUACUUGGAGUGUUCGGAGUCGUCGCUGGGCCCACUGGCCUAUCAGCCCAUCCCUUUCAGCCAGUCCGGAAACCCCGUCAUGAGCACCGUCGCCUUCCUGGCCUCCGUGGUGGACCCGAGGGUGGCGUCUGCCGCCGCCAGGGCCGCGCUCGAGGAGUUUUCCCGCGUGCGUGAGGAAGUUCCUGCCGAGCUGGUGGAGGCUCAUGUGAAGAAGGUGCAAGAGGCGGCCAGGAACACUGGCAAGGUUGACCCCGCCUUCGGACUGGAGAGCAGUGGCAUUGCUGGCACCGCCCCCGAGGAGCCAGAGAAAACAGAGGCCACAGAUGGUGACAAGACUGAGACGGACACAGACUCCCAGCAGGGGGAUAAGGCUGAAUCCAAGGAUGAGGCGGAGAAGACCAGCGAAUCCACGGAGAGAAGCGAGAAGAUAGAGGCUCCUGAGAAGGUGAAGAAGGAGUCCGGGGAGGUGUCCGAGAGAGAGGACGAGAGCGAAGAUGGGCAUGAAGCCAAAUCCACGCCUGCUGACAAAGAUGAAGAGGAGUCCAUGGAGACGUCCUCUGAACAGGAGGAGAAGGACAAGGACGAUAAAGUCGGCGCAGAGGAAGGGGAGGAGAAGAGGAAAAAGCUGGAACAUGACAUGGGCGAAGGAAACAUCGCCACAGCGGCAGCCGCCGCCCUCGCCUCUGCUGCCACCAAGGCCAAGCACCUGGCGGCCGUGGAGGAGAGGAAGAUCAAGUCACUGGUGGCUCUGCUGGUGGAGACUCAGAUGAAGAAGUUGGAGAUCAAGCUGAGGCACUUUGAGGAGCUUGAAACUAUCAUGGACCGCGAAAAGGAAGCUUUGGAGCUGCAGCGUCAGCAGCUGUUGACUGAGCGUCAGGCGUUCCACAUGGAGCAGCUCAAGUACGCCGAGAUGAAGGCUCGCCAGCAGAUGGAGCAGCAGGCAGCGGCGGUAGCCGCCGCCCAGGCUCAGAGCCAGGGCCACGCCCCCGGACCUGGCCCCCACGCAGGACCACCGGGCAUGCAUCCCGGCGGCCCGCCCCCCCACCACGGAGCCCCACCGCCUCACCACGGAGGACCCCUGCCAGGUGCCGCCAUGCACCCCGGUUACCCACCGAUGGGCCACCACCCCAUGGCGCCCCACCACCCAGGUCAAACGGCAGCUCCUAUGGGCCCGGGCCAGCCCCUGCCUGGACGCAUGAUGGCCGGACCCCCCGCCGCCGGACCACCACCUGGUGGGAUUCCUCCCAUGAUGCCCCCGCGCCACCCAGGAGCUCCCAAUGGCAUGUACCCAGGACCAGCACCUGCACAACCUGACGUUGUGCCCCCACUCCCUGUUGGCCCUCCAGCACCCUCUGGUGGCCGUGCAGCAGACAACUAAAACCCCACCCCUUACACACAUGAUCCACACACACUUGCAGCCUCUUUUACUGGCCUUUGCUACUCAUCAUUAUACCACUUGACAAACAUCUUGGAAUACACACACACACACACACAUGCUCAGGGCUCUGUUCAGUGGCGAGUGCAACACAUACACACACGUUAUAUACACUGUUUCUGCUGAGUUGGUCCUGAUAGAGGCUGUAGACAAACACUGUACAAAGUAACCACCUCCAACCUGGCGAGUGUCUACCUCGCAUCAAAUUUACACUGAAUGUGUGUGCGUUUGUGCGCGCGUGUGUGCGUGUGCCAGUCAGACGCUGAGUUCGUUAGUGUGUGUGUGUGUCAAACUUGAACUGAAAAUGUGAAUGUCACGGUCUUGUGGGCGUGCUUGCCUACCUGUGUGUGGUUGUACGACUGUCUGACUUAACACUGAAUGUUUGUGAAUGUUUUGACCAUUGUGAGCCUCUCCUACUUUUCUGCGCCUGUUAAGCAAAACAAAGAUGACAGAAUCAAAUAGCUGUGCUCGGCCCCUUUCCAAAACAUGCACGCACACAAAACUGAGGUUCAGACUGGAGCUGAAACGUGCGCACACACACACAGACGCGCGCUCACGCGUACAUACACACACACGCACGCACGCACACCGGCUGCCUUUGUCGGUGCGACUGUGACGUCUUGAGCUAACGCCUAAACCCGCCGCCUCCUCCUCCUCUGCUUCCUAACGCUGCCUACCUCGCUAGCCGCGCCCCCGUCAUUCACCCUCCUGUGCUUUGAUUGGUCGACCGUGUUGGACAAACUUUGUAAACCUUCAUGUUCAUACUGUGUGCGCGCGUAUACCUGGCCACUUAGCAAACACACUAAUAUGAACGUUAUUCUUUUUGAAAUGUAAUAAGCAUAAAUGAGUUCGGCGCGGUCCACACUCAAAGUGACUGAACACCUAGUACUGUUAGCAUCUCUGCUACCUCCUCUAUCUCCUCCUGGCUGGCUACCUCUUCUAGAACCUUCCUCUGGCUUCUCUUGUAGAACCUUUAGCCUCUUAGCCUCCUGCUACCUCUAUUUCCUGUUUUUGUUUGUUUUGUAUUUUAUUUUGGUAUGGCGCCCUCGUGGAAUCACAGCACGCUGUCGCAGGCAAGCUAGCAAUCUUGUUUGUUUCACCACUGUCGCAUAUAUGAUCUUUAAUGGCUACUAUUGGUAUUUUUAAAGGAGUUUUUGUGUAGAUGAACUUGUGUUCUUUGUAGCAUUUCCUUUGAUUUUUGUAUCUGGUCCGAUUGCUACGUGGACCUCAACGCUGGCCAAUAAAAUGUUUUUCUUGUU